CCCCUUAUCCAAAUUUGAUUUUGAAUUCAUCCAGAAGUUGGGUUAUCUUCUCCCUUUCACAUAUUCUAUAGAAAGGAGGGAAGCAAAAAAAGAUGAAUAAUUCAACUUCUUCUCUUGUUAUUUUAUUUUUCUUGUUAAUCUUUACUUGUUUAUGUGAAAUAAUUGCAAAAACAGACAAUGCCAAUACUAAGCUUUACGCCGUCUACUUAGGACACAAACCCCACAAUGAUCAUGAACUUAUCACUGAUUCACAUCAUGAUCUUUUAGGUCAAGUGGUUGGGAGCAAGGAAGAAGCUAAAAAACUGAUGGUGUAUAGUUAUAGACAUGGUUUCUCUGGAUUUGCUGCUAAGCUCACCGAUUCUCAAGUCAAAGAAAUUGGAGGUAGAAAUUUUAUAAAAAAAUUACCUGGUGUGGUUCGAAUUAUACCAAAUAGUCUUUACAAGACUCAUACGUCGAGGAGUUGGAAUUUCUUGGGUCUUUCUAAACAAGACUCCAACAGUCUUAUGAACAAAACAAAUCAGGGUGAUGGAAUAAUUAUUGGCAUAUUAGAUACAGGUAUUGGAUGGGGAAAUAAUUCAGAAGUUUUCAACGAUAAAGGCCUAGGUCCAAUUCCAUCUCGAUGGAAAGGUAGCUGCAAAGAAGAAGACAAUUUUAGUGCGAGUAAAUAUUGCAACCGAAAAAUAAUUGGAGCUCGUUGGUACAUGAAAGGAAUGAUGGAAGCCAACGACCUAAAUCAGACAAUGGCUGAAAGAUUACAUAAAUUAUCAGCAUUAGAUGAUAAUGGGCAUGGUACUCAUGUUGCUUAUACUGCUGCUGGUUCUUAUGUUAACAAUGUGAAAUAUUAUGAUCUUAAUAUGGGAACAACACAUGGAGGAGCACCACUUGCACGGUUAGCUAUUUAUAAGGUGGGUUGGAAAUCAAAAGGAACAUCGAUUAGUAAUAUCGAUGUUCUUGCUGCCAUUGAUGAUGCUAUAAAAGAUGGGGUUGACAUAUUAUCAGCAUCUCUUGGUGGCUCUAUUAACGUUGCAGACAUUGAUCAGAGCAAUGUUUUAGGGAUGGGAUCUUUUCAUGCAGUAUCCCAUGGCAUUCCUUUUAUUGCGGCCUCAGGAAAUAGCGGACCUGACUCUUCCACAGUCGAUAAUAAUUCUCCAUGGCUCAUCAGUGUUGCUAGUAGUAAUUCCGAUAGAGAUAUUGUUACUCCUUUAACACUAGGCAACAACAAGACAAUACUAGCUGCAGGACUUACUAAAGGGAUGCAGCAAGCCUUUGCUCCUCUGGUCACUUUUAUAAAUAUAACUAAAGGUGAAGAAAUUGAGUCUAUUGCCGAUGGACUAAAAGGAAAAGUUCUAAUGCUUUCCUGUGGAAACAACAAAAUAGAUCCAGUGGCUUCUUUGAUGGCUCUAAAGAACACAGGAGUUUUGGCUUAUAUUUGUGCUAUGCCCCCUGUUGAUCAAAUCAUUGACUACGCUCAACUUGUUCAUAUCCCUAUACCUUUUUUCACCAUUGAUUUCGAGCAAGCAAAUCAAAUUUUUGAUUAUAUUCUACAAUGUACAACCAACAAUCAAGAUCCUAUAAUUAAAUAUGGACGGACUGAAAUUCUUGAGGGAACCAAUACAUACAUAAAGGUGCCUUCAUUCUCCUCAAGAGGCCCUAAUACCUUUGCCCCAGAAAUUUUAAAGCCCGAUAUUGCAGCUCCUGGUGUAAAUAUACUCGCUGCAGUUCCACCUCACCUUCUUAAAGGAUACAAUGGAUUCAACAUCAUGUCAGGAACAUCCAUGUCAGCCCCUCAUGUCUCAGGAAUUGUUGCACUCCUCAAAGCUGCACAUCCUAAUUGGUCUCCAGCAGCUAUCAAGUCUGCACUUGUGACAACAGCAUGGAACGAGGACACAUAUGCAACUGAAAUUUUUUCAGAAGGAAAUGGAGCAAAACUUGCUGAUCCAUUUGACUUUGGAGGUGGCAUAUGUAAUCCAAAUGGAGCAGCAGAUCCUGGUUUAAUCUAUGAUAUGGAUAGAAAUGAUUAUUUGAAUUAUUUUUGCAGCAUGGGUUAUAGUAAUGAUAGGAUUUACAAUGCAACUACGUAUCAUUCCGACGCGAAAAAAUCAUCUUCUUCAGCAGGCAUUGUGUGUCCCAAAGAAGUACCUUCAAGGUUGGAUAUGAAUCUCCCUUCAAUAUCUAUUCAAAAUCUCAAGGAUUCAGUUACAAUCAAGAGAACUGUCACCAAUGUUGGAAAUGCUAACUCUUUAUACAAAUUAGUGGUUAAACCUCCAAGAAAUACUGCUAUUAAAGUAACUCCAGAUGUGUUGAAGUUUAAUGCCAAGACAACCAAGAUUUCCUUUGAGGUAAAGAUCACAUCUACUAACCAAAGAAGAAGUAAAUUUACCUUUGGAAGUUUGGCAUGGAGUGAUGGCAAACAUUUUGUUAGAAUUCCUAUUGCUGUGAGAAAGCAAUAAUUAGAUGAUUAAAGGAAGAGUACCUAGCUAGAUUUAGAAGUAUCAGGUGGAGUGAUGACACACAUGAUGCAUGCUAGAAGGAAAAAAGACUUGGUGAUUAUGUAUAAGGUUGGAUUUAGGGAGCGAAGGCGUUCAUUCGAAUCCUCUCCAUAAAAAAUUCACCUUGACAUUUCAAGUUAAAAUUCCAAAUAAGUACUAUAUUUGUAUUUUUCAAGCUCUCUUAAUAAAAAUUUUGAAUAUUUAUUUG